UAUCUCUUCAUUUGAGUCGAUCGUCUUGAACUAAAAAGUCGCUUGUGAAAUUCAUAGCAAAUAUUUUCUUAAUUUUUUGUGACAAAUAAUUUACGUGACAAAAAAGUGAUUAAAAGUCAAAAACCUGAGUUAUUUAUAAAAAUAUUGACACAAUUUGAGAUAGUAAUCAUUCGAUUCAGUAGAAAAUGGCGCACGUGACACUCGAUCAGCAACUUUUCGAAAAGCAACAAAAAGGAGAGAACACGGAUUGUUCCUUUGUCUUCGAAAUCACCACAGAAGAGGGAAUUGUGACUGAAAAAGUGAUCCACGGACACAAAGUCGUUCUUUCAGCUGCAUCAAAGUACUUCGAAGCAAACUUCAAAGCAGAAUGGGAUGGAAAACCGAUUCUUAUUACUUCGUUUGACUGGAUUGUGUUUGAUAAACUAAUCCGAGCGAUUUACCUGAGUGAAGUAGCGUUUGAAACCUUGGAAGAGGCAACAAACAUGUAUGAAGCGACUCAUUUUUAUCAAAUGGAACGAGUACAGGAACUCUUAAGAGAUACUAUCCCAUAUUGGUGUUUGAAAAACAAGGUAUUAGAAGUGUCAAAUCUCGUUGCAAUUGCUUGGAAAUUUCAAGAUUACAAAUUAAUUCCUUUCGUUUCGAAAUAUUUCUGUGCAAAUACUGACAAAAUUAUCAAAAAUGAUGAUUUUAUGGGAUUUUCCACUGAGGCGAUCAACUGGCUCUUCCAAUAUGACGACUUAUCUGCAAAUGAAAUUGAUCUCGUAAAAGCUUUGGAGGAUUUUCUUGAAACCAAUAAAGACGUGACGAAAUCAAUGAUCAAGUCCGCAAUCGACACAAUUCGUUUUCUCGCACUAGAAGAAGGAGAAAUUGCGAAAACAACUCUUUUGACGCAAACUGAGAAGGAUUUCUUGAUGGGAAAAAUCAACAUGAAUUUCUGUAAUUUAUCGAAGAACAAAAUUGGUAGAAAAAUCAAAAGUUUCUUUUCUCAAUUGCCACCAGAAAUUCAAAGUGCUUUGAUUGACAAAGUAUCGUGCGAUAAAUGCUGGAUUUGCAAGGAGUAUCACUCUGUUUUUAACUGUCAAGCAGCUAAAAGGAAAUAUCCAAUGUAUUUACGAAUUUACUCAUUUUUACAAGUAGAUAUAUUUGGACAUUUAUCUUCAAAAUUUGAUGAAUAUCCGCCUAAAAAAAAGAUCAAAAUUUUAAAGGAGCUUCAAAAACUUUCCGUUUCCGCAGAUUUUGCUGCAUUUGCCAACAUCGAUGAUGUUUUGAAGAACUGUUAUGUUAUCUAAUCUGUUUCAAGAGACAGAAAUAUUUUUUUUUUACUUACCUUUGAUUUAUUUUCUGUAAAAUGUCUUAAAAGAAACCUUGAUUCUACAAAGUAAAUAUAUAUUUUUUUUAAAUUUUUAAGUUAAAAAGAAUUCAGAAAAAAAUCUUUGAAAAACAAUGUAAUUAGUUAAAUAAGGCUCCAAAUGAAAAUCAAAAAUA